GGCAGCAGGAGGCAACAACCGAAAUAUUUUUACGCCCCUUCUACGCCUCCCACCCAUAUGCUUCACUGCUAUUGGAGCACAGCUCGGCGGAUCCAAGCCUCGGGAUGCCGGGUCCUCUGAGCACCGGUGUGUAGUCGACCUGUGUCUGGUCCCCUCUCUCUUGGCUUGUCAUCUUCUAUUUCUCUGCGCUCUCCUGUCCGCGGGCUUGCUGAUACCAGACCGCCCUUCUCAGCGACGUCAUUUUACAGACUAGUAAGCGACGAAUUCAAACUGUGCACAGAUCUGUCCUCUCACGACUCCGGCAAGGUCAGCCGCGUUCAAGGACUACGUUUGGAUACUUCAACAAGUGAGCAGGGCCUGCCAGUGCGAUGCCACCCCCUGCAGGACCCCCCCAGGUUCCCCCUCCUGACGGGGGCUGGGGCUGGGCCGUGGUGGCGGGGGCCUUCAUCUCCAUCGGCUUCUCCUACGCCUUCCCCAAGGCCACCACCGUCUUCUUCAAGGACAUCCAGAACAUCUUCGGCGCCUCCUACAGCCAGGUGGCCUGGAUAUCUUCUAUCAUGCUGGCCGUCAUGUACGCCGGAGGGCCUAUCAGCAGUAUAUUGGUGAACAAAUAUGGCUGCCGGCCGAUCAUCAUGAUGGGAGGAGUGCUGAGCUCCUUUGCCAUGAUCCUGGCAUCCUUCUGUCAGAACGUCAUCCAGCUCUACCUGUGUAUUGGCGUACUGGGAGGUCUGGGUUUGGCCUUCAACCUGCAGCCGGCUCUGACGAUGAUUGGCAAGUACUUCUUCCACAAGCGGCCCAUAGCCAAUGGGAUGGCCAUGGCGGGGAGCCCCGUCUUCCUCAGCACGCUGGCCCCCCUGAACCAGUACCUCAUCAACGCCUUCGGCUGGAGGGGCAGCUUCCUCAUCCUGGGGGGGCUCCUGCUGAACUGCUGUGUGGCCGGCAGUCUCAUGAGGCCACUGAAAGCCCCCCCGGCGAAGAAAGAUGAGGAGGUGGCACCUGCGGCCCUGCCACCGGCGCAGACGACCACUGAACCGGUGACCUGCUUCGACAGGGUCAACAAGUACCUGGACCUGUCCCUCUUCAAGCACCGCGGCUUCCUCAUCUACCUGUCGGGCAACGUCAUCAUGUUCGUGGGCUUCUUCGCGCCCAUCGUCUUCCUGUCUCCGUACGCCAAGGACAUGGGCGUGGACCAGUACUCGGCCGCCUUCCUGCUCUCCAUCCUGGCCUUCGUGGACAUGUUCGCCCGACCCUCCAUGGGCCUCCUGGCCAACUCACGCUGGGUGCGCCCGCGCAUACAGUACUUUUUCAGCUUUGCGGUGCUGUAUAACGGUGUGUGCCACCUCCUGUGUCCACUGGCGGAGAGCUACACGGGGCUGGUGGUGUAUGCCGUGUUCUUUGGGUUCGCCUUCGGGAUGGUGAGCUCCGUGCUCUUCGAGACGCUGAUGGACCUCGUCGGCCCACAGCGGUUCUCCAGCGCCGUCGGCCUCACGACCAUUGUGGAGUGCUGCCCCGUGUUGAUUGGCCCGCCGCUGGCAGGCAAACUGGUGGACGUGACGAAGAACUACAAGUACAUGUACUUCUGCUGCGGCGCCGUGGUGAUCUUCGCCAGCAUCUGGCUGUUCAUCGGCAACUUCAUCAACUACCGGCUGCUGGAGCGGGAGCGCAAGAAGGCGGAGAUGUACAAGCCGGCGCAGACCGAGGAGCCGGAGCAGAGCCGGGCCGCCGCCAAGGAGAUGGAGGCGGAGGCGGUCGCCGACGGCAACGCUCAGGCAUCCGAGGCCCUCAUGGACAAGUCGGAGGAUGGAGGCGCCGUGCAGAGAGAGACCAACAUUUAAGAAGCAGACUUGGUUGGUGUUUGAAUGUCUAGCCUGUCUGUCUGUCUGUCUGUCUGUCUGUCUGUCUGUCUGUCUGUCUGUCUACCUUAGAUGUUUUGUUUAUUUUUGUUAUGAGGAGAUUGAUGAUUUAUUUUUGAGGACCACGUCCAUCCACGCACACACACACACACACAUAAAUGAAACCCCCGUCUUUCUCUGUGUCUCUACGUGAACUGUGGUAAGGGGGUAAGAGUGUGCUGUGGGUGGGUCUGUUCUGUUCUGCCGCUACUCUGUACAACUGCCAAAGCAACAAAGAAGACAACAAUGUGACUGUGAGUAUCAGUAACAUAGACAUAUACAGUAUGUAUGUCUUUGGUCAGUAAUUCUGUUUAAUAUGCUGUAAACUUCUCUAACGGCCAGGGAAACCAUUUUGUUUUUGUUUGAGUAUUUCUUGAAUAUGGAGGCCACAGACCUACCAGUAGAUUAGUUUAAGGCUCUAUUACUGCAAACAAAUGGAAUGGGAACAUUUUGUUUUGUUUUAUAUUGAACAGAAGAAAGGGAGGAGUUGUGGGAAUCAGAGUUUUUUUUAAAUCAAUAUUAUUAUUAAUAUUAUUAUUAUUAUCAUUAUUAUUAUUAUUAUUGUUGUUAUUAUUAUUAAUUCAACCAGGUGAUUACCCUUAUUGGAUAUGGUAAAACCAGGUCAUGUGGCACUGGAUUGUCAUUUUUCACAUCACUGCAACAACAUGGGUCGUGUUGCCACUACCCAUUAUUUUCAUAUGGCUGGUAUAAACCACGCCUCUCUAUAACUCUCUAACCUAUAGCUGAAAAUGUCAUGCCAGCUGAAACCAACAUUUCAUAUCCCAAAGACAUUCAUGGGUGUGCUAACAAACUGUAGUUUGUUACAUACGCACAAGACUGCCUAUUUCUUGAUUUGGACAGACAGUGCAUUCAAAACGAGUUCAAAUUUUUGUCCUUACUUGUUGUCUACACACAUUUCAAAAUGGCACCAAAACUGAGAUACCCACCUAGACUUACAUAGUUAAAUGUUAGCAACUUAGUAGGUUCCCUAUGGGAAGUUGUAUUGGAAACAAGUAAGUUGCUAACUAAGAUUGGCACCAACCGUGUUGAGAAUGGCACCCUGGAGAGAGUGUUUCUAUGAGAUCUUUCUCUCACGGCUAACUCUCCGUGAGAUAAGGACUACAGUUACGCUUUUCCUUAAAUCAGUACCGGUCCUCAGAUUUCAGGCCAGCAGGAUAGAAUCACACAGUAGGUUCCUGCUUCAAGUUUGGUGCUCAGGACAGGGCAUAAUGACAUUAUUAUCAUCAUAAAAUGGCUGAAGGGAAUAUAGUGGACAAAACUAAACAAAAAUACAGAAAGGAAAUAACAUUAAGGGGAAAACAAAAAUGAGGAAUGCCACUUAGUCAGUGGCUUGUGUGCUGUGUGAGUAUGGCAAUCAGCACAUACGCUGCCCUAUCUUUGCACACCGUGCCCAACACAGUGUGUGCCCAAUAGUUAGCCCAAUGCUGCACCUCCCCUCUCGUAUGCUGCACUGUUAAUGUCUGCCAGUAUGAUACAAUGAAAGACGUGCUGAUCAAUCGCAAUGCAAAUCGAUUAUGGCUGAAUGUUAAGACACGCACACGCACGCACACGCACACGCACACACACACACACACACACACACACACACACACACACACACACACACACACACACACACACACACACACACACACACACACACACACACACACACACACACACGGCUGCAAAAGUAUAUUAGAUAUGAGUAUUCUUUUUCAUGGGCCUUACAGUUUUGAUGUAUUUCUGACCAAAUUAUUUCCAUCCAAGUAAAAAUAAUCAGGUGCUGGUGACACUGUUCCAUGAGGUUAUUAUUCAUAGACCAGUGAAGGCUUGUUGAUAACAAAAAGAGAAGCUUUAUAAUAAGCAAUAUAUUGAGAUGGAAAGAGAUGAGCUUUUUGUAAGCAAUAGGCCUACCGUGUGGUAGUUUACAGUAGGUCAUUGAUUCUCUGGUGGUGAAUUAAAUGUUUGUCAGUUAAUGGUAAAUGGUCAUUCGAGAAUCAAGCUGCAUGAAAUUUAAACUUUCAGUAAUGACGCAUUGCCUUAAAUGUAAAUACAUUAUAAUGUUUUACUAUAUAUAGGCCUACGCAUACUAAUAUACAACAGACAUAUUGCUUCAUAAUGUCAUGAUUAAUAAGCGGUCAGUGAAUUAUGGUGUUGAAUUUGGUGUUUUGUUUGUCGGUUAGUCAGUUUGUUUAUAAACUUGAAUGAAUAGCUUGAAUCUUCUAAGUAAUGCACUAAGAGGCAUCAUUGCUAUUUCAACCCCCACCCUCAUCAGAUUAUCCAGAACACCACUCUUCUUUUAAGUUGUGAACCAAAGCUGAAAAUGAAAUCAUGUUCGUCUUGACCUACGAUAAUUAUUGACAAAAUUACACAAACAGGGAUAAAUUAGACACAAAUUUGUUGCAUACCUCUGUAGCACAACUUGUAGAAAAUUGUUUGCCAUCAGAUACUAUUUUAGUGUGCAAUUAUCUAUGCUGUCUUCUAUCUAUGCUUCUAAACCAUGCACUCCUAGACAGUCACCAUUGGCUUGACUUCACUACACUGUGACUGUCAUUCAACUGUUGGGAAUAAUUGAUAAUUCUGUAAAUGUCUUUGAUAUGAGUAUUAUUGUUAAAAUAUUUUUUAUUUAUUUAAUUUUAUUUUACGGCAAUUAUUUCAGAUCCAAUGUGACCACAGUAGUAUAUAACUUUGACAAGUAUUAAUCAACAUAUAGGUGAUAUGCCAUCAAUCAAGGGAAUUUCUUACAUUUUAUUUCAUUUAAUUUCAUUUCAUUUGAAGUACUGUACUUGAAAUAACCUAAUGCUUGGGGCAUUACUUUGCUGUUAAAAGUGCACUGUGUUCUACCUUUAGUAGUUUAUUUCCAGAAUGCAUGCUGCCCAUUCAUCACUGUUAUCUUUUUCAUGAAUACUUACCACCCCCAUCAAAUUCUACUGUAAGUAUUAAGCAUUAUGGCUGGGAAAAUUGCACUUUUCAUUGUUCACCAUUUUGAAUUUCCAGAAUCAAACAUUUUUAGCUGCCAAACGUACUGCCCUUGGUCAUACUAGAAAAUAUGAAUAAACUAUUUAGUAAAUAU